AUGGCAUCCAACCCCUCCCAGGCCCCAGUGCUAGAAACAAUCGACAAAACCUCUGGACAUGAGUUUGCGCUGCCCGCAAAACGCAUCCACGAUGGCGACGACGUCACUGCUUUCUUGGCAAGCAGAGCAUACGCCGACAUCAUGACUUUCAUUUUCCAGCUAAACACGGCUAUGAUACCCCGUAAGCUUGAAUCAAAAGAGUCGGGAGAAGCGGAAACAGCAAAAGAGUGGACUUUGAAUGAUAAAGACGUGCCCUAUACACCCGUCGUACAGAGCCUUGCCAAGCUCCUGGAUGCCCUAACGUCUAUCAUCGAUGAAGCACCGCCGGACCCGGGACCCCGUCGCUUCGGAAACGUCAGCUUCAGAACAUGGUACGAUAUUGUUCGCGAACGGGCUUCGGAGCUUCUGGAUCAGCAUCUUCCCCAAAAUGUGCUGGAUUUCAAGUCAACAUCAGAUGUUAGUGCGAAAAGUGAAUUAGAAGCGUAUUUCCUCGGCAGCUUUGGUAGUUCGCAGCGCCUCGACUACGGUACGGGACAUGAGCUGAGUUUCCUCGCUUUCCUCGGCUGUCUAUGGAAACUUGGUGCGUUUCCCGAGUCGCAGGAUGGCGAUCAAGAACGCAGCAUCGUACUCGGUGUCCUAGAACCCUAUCUCGUUCUCAUCCGGCGUCUGAUCUUGACCUACACCCUUGAACCCGCGGGAUCACAUGGAGUAUGGGGUCUAGACGACCACUCAUUCCUCCCAUACAUCUUCGGAAGCGCCCAGUUCUCCCCAGCUAUCUCAUCACCCGGCGACGUCGCGGCAGAGGGCUCCCUCCCUGCAGCCCCAAACCCAGGCGACGUCGCCAAAGCCCCAGCCGUCGAGCGCGAAAGAAAACGAAACAUGUACUUCAGCGCCAUCGGCUUCAUCUACGACGUGAAAAAAGGUCCCUUCUGGGAACACAGCAACAUCCUAUACGACGUGUCCGGCGUAAAAGCCGGCUGGGCAAAAAUCAACAAGGGAAUGAUCAAAAUGUACAACGCAGAAGUCCUCUCCAAAUUCCCCGUAGUCCAACACUUCCCCUUCGGCUCCCUCUUCUCCUUCUCCCCCGACCCCAACGCCCGCAAAAUUCAAGCUACAGUCCAUACAGCCUCGCAGCCCAAAGCCUCAGCCUCAGCUACCCCGCGCCCCCAACCGCCGCUGCGGGACCCCCUCGCUGACACGACGGCUAUGCCAUCGACAGCAAGACCGGGUGGAGCAGUGGGAACGGCCGCGCCAUGGGCGAGAGCACCGGCAGCGGCGGGUCCGGGCGUCCCGAGUGGAGUCAAUCAGCCUACGAAGGCGCCGUGGGCGAGUAGGACGCCUGCGCCGCCACCGACGACGAUGCCGGAGGCUGGAGUUGGGACGGCGGCACCGUGGGCGAGGAAGAAGGAGGAUGGUGGUAGUGCGGGGGAGGGACAGCAGGGUACGAGGGCGCCGUGGGCAGAUAGACGGUGA